CUGAUUCCUGAUACGGUGAGGUGAGCAGUUUAGAGUCUUGAGACUUGAGAGAGGCGGAGAGCAGAGAAUCAGAGAGAGGCUGAGGACAGACUGAACAGUGGAGACUGGAGAGUAGAGAGAGGCGGAGAGCAGAGACUAGAGAGAAAGAUUGGUGGGAAAUGAAGAAAGGAGCGCACCCCCAGUUGCAAUGGAUAUCCUAUGUGACUCAGAGUGGAAGAUUGAUGAACGUUAUGAUGACCAAAAUACACCAGGUUGGUAAAGUCUACCACUUCAGGGCGAAACGUCAAAUGGCUGAAAGUGUAGGGCAGAUUGCCAAGUUUAGGCGUCGUUAUGAAGAAAAAGAGAAUGAUGAAGACAAAGAAAAGUGACUUUUUCUAGGAUGCAAUCGUAAUAUUCUUGUCAGAUUUAAUGAAUAUUAAUCUUUGGAAUAAAAAUGAAUCUGGUGAGUAUUCUAUAGAACAUGUGUGUUGCUAUGUUUUGUGACUGGUUAAAUUUUGACAAAUAUUUCCAUUUGGAUCAUGUAAUUUGUCUUUGGCAGUUUAAGGUACCUGUGAGUUUAUCAAAUUCAAGAUUUUGAGUUCCUGC